GCUCUCGGCCGGGCUGGUGGCUGACAGAGCUGGCGGUGGCUCGAGGAACCGGUGGCUUGGUCCAGUCGCAGCUAGAGGUCCGUUUUCAGUACAGCACCACGGCCCCCUCUUCCAGCCCCGAGCCGGGUGCGGCUGCCCGGAAGACAACUUCAAACUCCUUAGCGCUGCUCCUAGGGGUGCCUCCCUGGGCAGCGCCUGGGCCUCCAGCCAGGGGACGGGGUCCCAGCACCCCAGGCCGCAGUAAGAAGGACCUUUUUAGCCCCGCCUCCUGCCCCCCUCCCUGAAUCACCGACGCCCUGCUCCUGAGACUGAUCACAGCGCUCUGCCCAGGCUCCCCACAAGCAGGUCUCUGCAUCCUCCCUGAUAUGUCACCCACGAUCUCCCACAAGGACAGUAGCCGGCAACGGCGACCAGGCACUUUCAACCACUCUCUGGACAUGAAGAGCAGUCCUCUGCCCCCAGGCGUCUGGGAUGACAAUCAUCCGGAUUCCAUGGGGGCAGAAGGGGACAGGGAAGCUCUUCUGCGGGCUAGCGGCCUCGGUGCCGCCUCGAAAGCCCCACGGGGUUGCCGUGCCGAACUAAGCAGCAUUCUGCUGCUGCUUUUUCUUUACGUGCUUCAGGGCAUUCCACUGGGCCUGGCGGGAAGCAUCCCAUUCAUUCUGCAGAGCAAAAAUGUUAGCUAUACGGACCAAGCAUUCUUCAGUUUCGUCUUCUGGCCCUUCAGUCUCAAAUUGCUCUGGGCCCCUUUGGUCGACGCGGUGUACUUCAGGAGCUUCGGUCGUCGCAAGUCUUGGCUUGUCCCUACGCAGUACACCUUGGGACUCUUCAUGAUCUAUUUAUCCACGCAAGUGGACAGUCUGCUCGGAAACGUCGAUGGCAGAACCCCCGACGUGGUCGCUCUCACUGUGACUUUCUUUUUGUUUGAAUUCCUGGCCGCCACUCAGGACAUCGCAGUGGAUGGUUGGGCAUUAACGAUGCUUUCCCGGGAAAACGUGGGCUACGCGUCCACUUGCAAUUCGGUCGGCCAAACUGCGGGCUACUUUUUGGGCAACGUUUUGUUUUUGGCCCUUGAAUCUCCCGACUUUUGUAACAAGUAUUUGCGGUUUCAGCCACAAGCCAGGGGAAUCGUUACUCUUUCAGAUUUCCUUUUUUUCUGGGGAGCUAUAUUUUUAAUAACAACAACGUUAGUUGCCCUUCUGAAAAAAGAAAAUAAAGACGUAUCAGUAGUAAAAGAAGAAACACAAGGAAUUACAGAUACCUACAAGUUGCUUUUUGCAAUUAUAAAAAUGCCAGCUGUUUUGACAUUUUGCCUGCUCAUUCUAACUGCAAAGGUUGGUUUUUCAGCAGCAGAUGCAGUAACAGGACUGAAAUUGGUAGAAGAAGGAGUUCCCAAAGAACAUUUAGCCUUAUUGGCAGUUCCAAUGGUUCCUUUGCAAAUAAUAUUGCCUCUGAUAAUCAGCAAAUACACUGCAGGCCCCCAACCACUAAACAUAUUUUACAAAGCCAUGCCCUACAGGUUACUGCUUGGAUUAGAGUAUGCUCUCUUGGUUUGGUGGACACCUAAAGUAGACCAUCCAGGAGGAUUCCCUGUGUAUUACUACAUUGCUGUGCUGCUGAGCUACGCGCUGCAUCAGGUUACAUUGUACAGCAUGUAUGUAUCUAUAAUGGCUUUCAAUGCCAAGGUCAGUGAUCCACUUAUUGGAGGCACAUACAUGACACUCUUGAAUACCGUUUCCAAUCUGGGAGGAAACUGGCCUUCCACAGUAGCUCUUUGGCUAGUGGAUCCCCUCACAGUGAAAGAGUGUGUAGGAGCAUCAAACCAGAACUGUCGAACACCUGAUGCUGUUGAGCUUUGCAAAAAACUUGGUGGUUCGUGUGUUACGGUGCUGGAUGGUUACUAUGUGGAGUCCAUUAUUUGUGUUCUUAUUGGACUUGGUUGGUGGUUCUUUCUGGGUCCAAAAUUCAAAAGGUUACAAGAUGAAGGACCAUCUUCAUGGAAGUGUAAAAGGAGUAAUUAAUGCAUAGACUGUUGGACAUUCUAGAAAGGUUGAAUGUUAGAGUGGGGCGUUCAUAAUAAUGAAGGUACACGUGGGAGACAGUGGCACUCAGCCUCUGAAGACAGAUGGGGACAGUGGCGUCUAGGACUCAUCCAUUGUCUGGGGAAAGCCUGUGUGUUGGGUGUCGGUGUCAGAUCCUGAGCAAUCACCCGAGAGUCAAGGAGGCCACACCAAACAACAGAUAACAAUUCAUUGUCACGUCAGUUUUUCAUUAUCAUGUAUUACAGUCGAAAGCCUACUUGAAUAAAGUAAAACACACACAUCAUAACUCACAAGUGAAAUGUAUUUUAAUGCUUACCUUUUGGAUUAAGAAUUACAUGGCCAUAAUUGCAUUUUAUCUCUUCCCAUUUGUAUCAUUUCUAAUUGUACAUAUGUUCAAAUAUAGUUAUAAGUAUACAAAUCUGUAAUGAUUUGAAGUUUUGAAAUGUUUUUCAAAGUCUUUGACAAAGCCUUCGCACUAAAAACGAACAGGUCAUUAUUGUGAAUUGCAGUAGUUGGAUUUUGUACGUGCUUGUUGUGCAUGCUGAAAGUGACUGGUUAGUACGUGUAUGCAGCUAUGUUGCGUGUAUUGGUCAUAGUCACUGACAGCAUCUUAAAAAUGACCUACCUGAAUGUGAGGAUCUGUUCAUUUUAAAUCAAUGGAACUAGAAAAUACGGCUCUAUUUUUAUGUAUUUUCCUUUAUAUCCAAUAAUCCUAAAAAAUGAAACUCUACCCUCAAGUAUGAAUAUUCCUUAAGUAUGGAUAUUAAUGUGUUAUUAUAUUUACUGGUUAAUACUGGAUAUGAACAUAUGACUCUGACAAUAUCGAUGUACUUUAGUUGCAACAUGUAUAUAUCCCACAUGGCUUUAAGAUUAGCUAAAGACAAAACCAAAAAUUCUCUCCUUUGUAAAUAUUUUAAUCUUGAUUCAUCAGUCAUUAGGAAACAAACAACCAAACUUAUUCAAAAUGUUAAAUAUAUUUAACCUAGAAUUUUAAAAUACUAAGCCCAUAAAUUAUAAGCCUAUUGUCUAUUGAUGUAAGUUCCGACUCCUGAAUUGCAAGAGCCUGGAUUUGUACCGUUGUUUUCUUGGAAAAUGUUGCUGUUAAAAUCUGAAAUAGAUUCUAAUUUAAAAAAAAGUGUAAGAACUGUUACCUUAUUGAAUAUGGGCUGUACUGUGAUUUGUAAACAUAAACUUAAAAUAAUA